CCGGAAGCGGAAGUGCUGAGUUGGCUUGCGGGACGGUCCGGCAGCGGGCGGUGACGUGGAGGCUGGUCCGGUUGUCGCUUCUGCUUCGGGGCGCGGAGGCUGCCAGGCCCGAAGAUGCUCACCAAGUUCGAGACUAAGUCGGCCCGCGUCAAAGGUACCCGGGGAGGGGGAGGAGGGCCCGACUCCUUAGCGUUGCUCAGGUCUACUUGGGAGUAAGCCCUGCUGCUUUGCUCCCAGGUUAGUGCGCGCACGGUCGUAGCCUUACGCUUACGUGUGAACUGCCCCCGUUAAGAAUAGCGGGGCUUGCUUCCGAGUAGACCUGCAUGGGAUUGCCAUUGGGGCAGAGGGUUUUUCCGCCUCGGGGAAUCAGUGCGAAAGUUGUGAAGGUUACAAGUGCAACUUCUUGCGUUGUUGGUAGAUAACGGGGAUGUUGGCACGUUUGUGUGUGCGUGAGAGAGGGAGAAAUCACAUCUACAAAUGUUUUAUAUAUAUAUAUAUAUAUAUAUAUAUACACACACACACACACACACACACACACACGUAUGUAUGUAUAUAUGUUUACGUGAGUUUGCAUAGAGAGUAAUAUUAAAGGGUGUGUACCUGAACAGAGUUACCUGCUAAUAUAUAGUUCUUUUCAUGUCUGUACACUUUAAUAUAUGCCAUAAAACAGGGACUUAAGUUUUCUUCAUAUAUCAUUGGGUAAUGUAGAUCCAUAUGCAUCUGAAAUUUGGGGUCGAGGCAUUGUGGCGUAUCUGCUAGACUUUGACAGUUACCCACCAGAGAUAGGGGAGCCUUGGAGUCAGUGUGGUGUAAUGGUUAGUGGAUUUGAAUGUGACCCAGGAGACGGGUUCAAAUUUCCACUGGAUGUUAAAUAUUUUGCUGGCUGACUGCAUGGAAUGUAGACAGCAAAAAUAAUAAGAACAAAUAUGUUGUCAAUAAUAAUUUAUUAUUUGUACCCUGCCCAUCUGGCUGGGUUUCCCCAGCCACUCUGGGCAGCUUCCAACAAAGAUUAAAAAUACAUUAAAACCAUCCUUCCCCCUUUUCCUUCCCAGGGCUGAGCUUUCACCCUAAGCGGCCUUGGAUCUUAACAAGUCUGCACAAUGGAGUAAUCCAGCUCUGGGACUACCGGAUGUGUACACUCAUUGACAAAUUUGAUGAACAUGAUGGUAAGUGGAGCCCCCUUACAAUGUUCACAUAUAUGCAGGAUCUCUUGCCUGAAAAAUGUGGGCACCUAUGGUGCUUUAUUGCACAGCUUACUGCAAAUCAUGAUGUGAGUAGAAGCAUAAAUACAAGUGGAUCCGAUAAUCUCAAAUAGGCAAGUGGAUGUUCAAUUGCCUGUAUGAAGGUUUUUUGACGUGUUUUGCUGCAACACUUCAAAGCAGAUUUAACUUAAACCUAUAUAGGCCUUUGUCUGUCACCUUUUUAUAUGCAGAGAGACUCAUCCUCUGAAUUAACUUCUUUCCUUUAUUUUGUUCCUGUUCAUGUUAUCCUAUGAACUUGGAGCUAUAUUGGGGGUGUGGGGGGGAGUGCAUAUUUGUUUUUAAGUGCUGUGGUGGAAUUUUUGUAACAGAAGCUGCAGUAUAAAGUUCCAAGGUGGGAGUUCAUGAAAAUUGGAUCUUUCUUGAGUGGGGUUUGCAAGAAACAUGGGCUAAAAGUAGUCCCAAUUGCAGCCCAUCAACCUCACACAAACCCCCCAGCAGGCUGUUGGAUCUCAGUCCCAGGGAAGGUGUGUGUGUGUAAAAGACAAGAGAGUCACUGUGGGGUCUUGCAGCUGCUGUUGCUGCCAAAGCAACUAAGAGUCGGCUGGAGACGCAGUAUGGUUUGGGGCUAUGGAAUCCCAGUGGUGAGUCAAGGAAGAACUCUUUCUCAUUGACAGGAGAAAGUCCUGGGACAGGGAAGGGACUGGGAGAAGAAAUCAGAGUAGCCAACUGGAAUGGACAAAAAUCUAUUGAGUACUCCUGUUUAAUAAGUACCAGAAAUGGGGAAAUAUUUACACGGUCUUUUGUAUGUGUGUGUUUCUAGGCCCUGUCAGAGGGAUUGAUUUCCACAAACAGCAGCCACUCUUCGUGUCUGGAGGGGACGACUACAAAAUUAAGGUAACGAGGAUCUCUUCACCCUCUUGCAAAGAAGUCAGCACGAGGAGAAAUCUUUCAAAAGCUAUUAGCCAUGGCAGUGCAAUAGUGCCUGCAUGGGCAGUGGCAGUAUAUCUCUGACUGCCAAGUGCUGAAGACAACCCCACUUUGGGGCUCUUUAGUGGGAUAUGAUUGACAGCAGGCAGAAGUAGUAUGCUGGACUUGAUGAGCCCUAUAGCCCUUACUCUUACUUUGUUUUCUUUGGAGAGACCCAGGACACAGCCAUAGCUGGGCAGAAGGCUCAUUUAGCAGUAGUCUUAGCACAGAUGGGUGAAUAUGUUUAAAGUUGCCAAAUGUGAUGAUUGUGGGGGAAUCUGGAGUGCUCAGCUGUCUGAUGUAUACACCCUGUCAUGUCUGACUUUCAGGUCUGGAAUUACAAGCUGCGUCGCUGUCUCUUCACCUUGUUGGGCCACUUGGAUUAUAUCCGCACCACAUUCUUCCAUCAUGUGAGUCCAGCAAGGCGCUCCCAGUCCUGCCUGUUUUGCUUUUUCCUGCCAAGAUCCUAUUUUGCUGCUCUAUAGGCCGUUAGGUCUGAAGGCCCUAAAACAGCACUGGGGCAGCAGCUCUGCAAAGUAUCUUUGCUGCCUUUUUAAUGAAAGCAGUAUGUAGCAGAAAGAAAAGAAAGGGAUAUGUGUCUUUGUUUUUUGUUCGUAGGAAUACCCUUGGAUCCUGAGUGCUUCUGAUGAUCAAACCAUUCGGGUUUGGAACUGGCAGUCCAGAACCUGUGUUUGGUAACCAAAACGUAUUUCUUCAUUCAGAUGUCUUUUGUUUGUGGUUCCCAAGCACUUUUAUUGAAAGCAACCCCUCAGCCUUGUAUUCUUCAAUUCAUAGGUGAAAUUGGACAAUUUAUAAAAUCAUGUUGUCAUCAUAUUAUUUAUAUAGCGUUUUCUAAGUGUUCAGAGGCUUUCAGUUACGCUUUCUCAGAAAUGCAGCAGCCUCAUAAGGCAGGCAUAGUGGUUAGUGUCAGGCUGGAACUGCUCAUCUUUGAAACCCACUGGGUGCUUUCUGAGUGUGCUAUCUCUCGGCCUAACCUACAUUGCAGGAUUGUUAAGAGGAGGAGGGAGGAGAACUGCAUCAGCUACCCCAGGCUCCUUGAAGGAAGGCUGGGAUCAAAAUGCAACAAAAUAUGCUACCUGAAUUAUGUGUUUCAGAAACCAGCCUAUUGUGAAUGCGAUAUGUUUUAACUGUUUUUAAUUCUGAAUUUUAAAUUCCUGUAACUCGCCAUGGGACUUUUUGGUAAAGGGCAGGUUAUAAAUUUAAUAAUAACACUUAAUAGUUAAAAACAAAUAAUCAGUAAGCUGAGAGUGAGAAGCAUGACUGGAGUUCUCACCAAGCCUCUUCCCUUGAAUUUGAUCCUCCUGGGAGUUUGUAGGUGGAAGGUGGAUAGCAGACCUCAUGUUUGACACCCGCUGCUUGUAUUUCCUCACUUAGUACAUUGCAGAUAGCUGAGAGUGUGGAGAUCUGGAGAGCCAAGAAAUGCUGUUGUUUUUCUGGCCUUGUCAGGAAUGGCGCAAAAGGGCAGCUGGCCCCUGACAUGCAUUCUUGGCCCUUUGCAAGAGGUUUAUGCUGAAGGGAUGGCUCAUGAAUUUUCUAAAUAAAUUGCUCCCUGCCAUCUUGUUGAAUGAAUGGCUUUGAUCCUGAAUACUCAGAGGAACUACUCAUAGGUGUUUCCCUCUCUUCCUUGCCUUCUUCCUAGUGUGCUGACUGGACACAACCAUUACGUGAUGUGCGCUCAGUUUCACCCUUCGGAGGACCUGGUGGUAUCAGCCAGCUUGGAUCAGACUGUGCGCGUUUGGGAUAUUUCUGGUGAGCUGCCCAGGUCGAGGGGGCUGUCCAGCAGCAGCACUGCGGUCAAAAUUGCAGUUGUUGAAAGCGGAGCACAAGAGAAGGAGAAGUUGAGCAUAGACCAUCCUGGCAGGGCAGAGGAGUAAUUAGAGUCCAGCCCCAUUCCUAUGGCACCAGCUCUGCUUUGCAGAAGGUGCUGUGAAACCACAGGAGAUCCUGGCACUGUGUUUCCCUCUGUUUUGCUUGAUUCCUUUUAAUUUGGGUAGAAACUGCCCACUCUGCACACCUGUCAUCAGUUUGUAGCUCCUCAGCUGUUAACAGCAGUUGAGAAGUGCAGGAAACCCCUGUGCUGGGUGUAAAUGUGCAACUAGCAAAUCAGCACUACGUGGAAGGAGCCAUGAACCUUGGGGCCCUGUGUUUGAUCAGAGUUGUCCAACCAAUCAAAUACCUCUAGGAAAUUACUCUGCAGCUAGCCAGAUGCCUCUGAGAAGCCCUCUCCCAACUGCCCUCCUCCACUUUUGAUGCCAGCAACUGGGAUUCAGUUUAGUUAACAUGGCCAGUAGCUGCUGAUAGAUGUCUCUUCCUUCACUAUGGCUGCCAAAUCCCUGCUUAAAUACAUCUAUGGCUGCAGCCCUCAUGUCAUCUUCCAGCAGCAAAUUCCAUCAGAGAAUUGUGUGUCAUGGUAUCAGUUUAAUUGGAUGCACGAUGGAAUAAUGCUCUUCCCCCAAUUUCUGUAGUGCAUUGGAUCUCAUUGGGCCCCAAGUUCUAAGAAUCCGUUCUUGAUCUGGUGGAAACAGCAUCACACAAUUUGGGAGUGAGCAGGCCCAUAUGAUGGGCCCCUGGGCCAGAGCAAAGGAGCCAAGGCACCUGGGUGCUCAUGGAGGAAGGAUCGUGCUCCAGUGAAGCUGCAGGCCUUGGGGUCUAGCUCCUGGAAGCCCUCUGGAAAGUGAACCUGUAGAGCAAGUAUGAUGAACUUUUGGUGCUCCAGCUGUUGCUGAACUGCAACUUCCAUCACUCCGGCCAUUGACAAGGGAUUCUUUGCAGAAUUCUUUGAGCUAGGGAGAGUCAUGCCCUGGUUGCAAAAGAGGGAGCCUGAGGAGGUGGGAGUGUGGAACAUGAAAACUGGGGGCAAGGACCCCUCCCCUCGUGAGUGCACAAUAGACUUGCCGCUUUCUCAACUGCAGUUUUCAGCUGGGUGGGCUGCUGGAGUUUCGUAGCACACAUUCAGACAUGACCCAGCUGUGGGGAGGGGAGGGGAGAGGAUUGCUGCUUCCUGGCUACUGACGGGGAGAGCUUUGUAAUCUCUUCUGCCAGCACCCUUGCUGCUACGUUCACAGACUUUCUCAGCAGGAUUCCAAACUGGUUGUUUGGAAGAUCCGUAAACUUUCCCAACAUCUUUACAGAUCUGGAAAUGUUGCGUUAAUUCCCACUGCUGGUUGUCACCCUCUCUCAAAAUGCCAGUUAGAGAGCAAAGUGCUGGGACGAAGGGAGUGUCACCUGCGCAACAACCUUAGGCCAGAAUUGUCUCCAUGAUGCAGAUAGGUCCAUAGCUUGUCUUAAAUCCUAGUGAGCUGGCCGAGCGCAAUUGGAACCUGGAAUGUCUUUCACCACCUCCCUGUGCUAAUUCUUGUUCCUUACAUUUCGACAAUGGAAAUUUCAUCCUGGGUUUAUAGUGAUUUGUAGCCUCAUCCCGAACUCUCCUGAUAAUUAGUGGAUGUUGUGGAUUUGCUGUACUUCUUGGAGAAAACAGACAAUCAUAUCAGCCAUAUGGGUGGGUUUCCAGGGCAACUGAGUGCAGGGUCCCCCUUGUUCCUGCUGAGAGAGUGCGUGAAAGGAGCCAGUUUGGGUCUGGAGUCUGGUUGCCGCAUUAAAAUGCAUGAAAAGCUGCGUUGUAACUGAAGUGUCCCUGCUCUUGAUACUAACAAUAACCUGUUGGGGGUGUUUCUGAAAUAAAUCCUUUUUUUCCUCCCUGCACCCUUUUAAUCCAGGUGGAAGCUGAGCCUUGACAUGGAUGGCAGAAAGGGAGGGCUUAACAAGAGUUAAUGUUGCACAGCAAUUUCCUAACUGUUCCUUGCUGGGGGCACUCUUAAAAGGUUGAGCCUUGUUGAGGUUCCAGGCAGCAAAUGGUGGGGAGUUCUGGAAAAGCUCUAGAAGCAUGAUGGUGCUAGACUUCCUAAUGAGUUGGGAGUGCUGUGAGCUGCGUCCAGGGUGGUCUAACGCUCCGAGGGUGAUGCUUGUUCUUCAGUUCUUGCCUGAGCUUUCAGAGUCCCCUUUAACCGUACCCAACUACCCGGGAGCCAGACAGUGCCUUCGCAUGACCAGGCUGUCUAACUGCUCUGCAGACCACAUUAAUCCCCACAGCUCUUGUACAUCUGUCUGCCUGUCUCUCACACAAACACCUCACUCUCUCUCCCACAGCAUUAAAUAGCUGGUUCAUUCUGUGAGUGUCCUCCUUUCCCUCUGGAUUUGUGUAGCUUCUCCAAAAAUUUUCCAUCUGUUGUUCAGUUCCUUUGCCACCUCCUUGAAGCCCCAUAUGUUUCAGUAUCUCCUGGAUCAGGCGUGCAGGUGGUUCCUUCCACUCUCGACUCAAGGAGGCUGCUGUCUGAGCCUAGACCUUCCUGGAUCUCAGCCCAUUGCGUCAGGUUCCUUGUUGAAAGUGCCCGCCUGGUUAUGUGAACUUGAUAGCUUUUAACAGCCAAAUCUGUAUUUAAAAUAAGAGGCCAGAAUGCUUCAGAUCCAAUAUACAAGGUACCGAUUAACUUUUUUCCCCAUUUCUCUUUGGCCUUCAAUCAGGUAACUCAGCAGCGUCAGCAUUCCUAGCCUGGUGAUUUUUUGCUUCCUGAUUGCAAAGGCGUCUCAGUUUCCCUAGUGAACUGCAAAGAAAUGUAGAAAUCGCUUCCAACUGUGCAUUGUUCUAGUAGAUGUUCGUAGGGAAUGAAAGUAACCUGUGGUCCCUUUUCUCUCUGUUCCAUUUCACCCGUUAAUGUCUUCCAUUUAUAUAAACAGCCUGUCUCUGAAUUUUGGAGCAUCCUCUCACUAACCUCAUGUUUUGCCCCUGCUCUCUUCACUCUCACCUUUUGUGAAGGCCUGAGGAAGAAGAACCUCUCCCCGGGAGCUGUGGAGUCGGACGUUAGGGGAAUCACUGGAGUAGAUCUCUUUGGCACCACUGAUGCAGUGGUGAAGCACGUCCUUGAGGUACUCCUGGCUUGGGCAGGGGGUGCAUGGGGGAGGCACCUUUGCAUAUUUGCUAUUUUAAACUGCUCAGAACACAAGCAGCUGUUGGCAGGGACUUUGGACCCUGCCCUGAGUAAUUCUGCAACAAGGAUAAGCAAGACCUGCAACCUCCAGAGCUGGAUUGCAAAAAAGAUCCUUGCUUCAGGGAUCAAGCCUAUUGCAAACCAUUGUUUAUAUGGUGCCACCCAUGUGCAAAGUAUUAAGAGCAUAGCGCCCUGCCCUGAGAAGCGUGUGGUCUAAAAUUCAGCUCUGGGGAACAGUACCAGAAGCGGGAUGGGAAAUGAAGUAGGGAGCAGGCAGGGGGAAGAGUUCACGUCCGUUGCAGUUCUUGGACUUAAUAAUUUGGAUACUGAAAGGUUAUGGCAAAGGCUUUGGGGGGAAAGCAGGGUGGGUGUUUGAAGGAAGGAUUUGAAGCAAGUUAGAGAGGUGGCCUCAAAGGGGUGUUCUGGAAGGUGGUUCCGGACAUAUAAGAGGUGGAAAGGGUGAAAGGGCAGGGAAGUUUGAGGGCAUAAGAAAGAAAUCUUGGGUUGGUCAAGUGUGGGUGGAGUUGGACAAACGAAACUCUAGGUGGGGAAAUAACAGGGUCCUAGGAUGGAGGAGUGGAGAGCUUUGAAGAUAAGGAGCUCACUGUGGAUUGGAGUCGAGAGCAUUAUGUGGUCAGUGAGAAAGAUGGAUGGUUUUGAUGGCUGAAUUCUUGGUAAAGAGGUGAGAGGGCUCAGGGGUGACUGCAGAAGACCAGGGAGGAGGCGGUUGCAGUUGUUUCCUCUCCCCUUGGCCCAGAUUGUAAAGCAGAGUUUUUGCUGAGGGAGGAGCAGAGAGGCAGGGCCAUAUUAGCCCCUUCUGACUGUAGGGAUGGAGUGGGUCCCUUUGGAUUAGCAGGCAGGGGGUGGCAGCUACAGCAACUCUGCUCCUCACAUCCCAUUGACUGGCACGUGUUGCCACUGUAUGUUGCCACUUCCCAAAAUGGCAGCCUCGGCCUGAGAUUAGUUACCUUCUUCUCAUAGGGGCACGACCGUGGUGUGAACUGGGCCGCUUUCCACCCCACCAUGCCCCUCAUAGUUUCAGGGGCUGAUGAUCGGCAAGUCAAGAUCUGGCGGAUGAAUGGUAAGCGCUGUCCACUUCCUUCCUCCCUCCCUCCAUGGAGUCAAGUUGCAAGAGCAAGGACCCAGCCGCAUACACUGCUAGGCUGGCUGGGCACUUAAGAGAAGGAACCUUGGCUGCAGGGUGGGAAUCUGAUCCAGCAUUGAUAGCUGCUUAGAAAUGAGCCCAGCACCGGAAGGAAUUGCUUCUCUGGUAGGUUAGGGGAAGAAGGCGGGCAAACUUAUGCCAAGCUGCAGUAGAAGAUUGCAGAAGCCUUAGGAAUGCCUUGCUGGCCCAGUUUAAAAGUCCGUCUGGCUUGAGCUUCCUUGGGAGGCAGGCAAGCAGAGCCUGGAAGUGAUGGCCUUUGGUUGUUAUCCUUCUGCCAGAAGGCCAAGGCCUUUGGAAACUAAGUUGCAGGCACUGUUGACCACUGGGCUGACGUUGGGGCAAACUGUGUUUUAAUUGCUGGCUCCAAAUGUGUUCUGCAUUUUAAUCAUUAACUGCAUUUUAGCUUUUAACUCAUUUGUGCUCAUGACUUAUUUUGUAAUGUUGUUUUUAAUUGUUGUAAGCCGCCUUGAAUCCCAGCUUGGGAGAAAAGUGGGGUAUAAAUGCGUUAAAAGGGUAAAAACAAUUAGCACCUGAAAAGGCUGGGCACCAGAACUGCUCUAGGCAACUAUCAGGACCAAUUCCCUAUGUAGGACCUUGUAGAGUUGCUCUACAAGCUCGAGGGGAGGGUCUCAUUUCCCUGACCUCUCUGCCAAGGAAGUGGUUCGUGAUCACCAGCCUUCUUAUCCUUAGAGUCGAAAGCCUGGGAGGUAGACACCUGCCGCGGACAUUACAACAACGUCUCUUGCGCCGUGUUUCACCCCCGCCAGGAACUCAUCCUCAGCAACUCUGAGGACAAGAGCAUCCGUGUCUGGGAUAUGUCUAAGCGGUAAGUGCACCAUCCUGCCUGCCCUUCCUGAUCUCGAGAUAUUGGGCCCUGCACUAUUUAAAAGAAUACGCUCUGGAAUGCCAAGUGCCUGGCUGGAAUACACAGGAAGCUGCCUUAUAGAAAGUCAGGCUAUCAGUCCAUCUAAUCAGUUUUGUCUGCAGUGGCUCCCCACAGUUUAAGCAGGGAGCUUUUCCCCAGCCCUGUCUGGAGAUGCCAUUGGGGAUUGAACCCAGGGGCCUCCUGCUCACAAGGCAGAAGCUCUGCCACUGACCUCAGGCCCUUCCACUGUGUGAUGGAGGGAUCCAAAACUCAGAGCCACCAGAUCUUGGGGUCAGGUGAGGAAGGAGUGUUAGUAAACUUUUGGAUGGUGUUGGCCACAUUUAGUCCGCAGGCCAGAGGUUCCCCACCCCCUCUGUUAGGAAAAUAGCUGCUUUGAGGCUAUCAAUUGAAUAAACCAGUCCAGUUGUUUUGUGUUAAUUAGUCUGCCUCUGUUUUUCAUUCUCCCCUUCCCAGCACGGGAGUCCAGACUUUCCGCAGGGAUCACGACCGCUUUUGGGUGUUGGCAGCUCACCCCAACCUCAACCUCUUUGCUGCAGGUAAUGGGAUCUGUUCUUGAAGUCACUUUGGAUUUGAUGAUGAGUUUUCACUAGAUGCCAAAAAAAGGAUCUCCUUCACCCAAAAGGCAAACAGAUUUAUGGUGGCAUCUGCUUUUGUGAUUUCAAGCCCAUGUCAUGGCAUGCACAAAAUGGUCUCUGCAGUUGGCAGAUAUAACUGUAUAAUUUUAAAGAAAAUGGGGUCAAAAUGUUAUGAAGUGCAGAGGAUCAGUUCAUGUAUCUAACAAGUUGGCAGUGUCCAGUCCAGGGGUGGGGGAAUCUUUUGCUCCAGGGGCCAGAUCUUUUAUCAAGCUUGGCCUCACAGGCCAAAUUUGACAGGUGGGUGGGGCUUAUGAUCUGUCAGUCACAUGCCAUUAUUAUAACAUCUCAUGAUUGAUGUGUGAGUGGGGUCACCCACCCACCUGCAUCCCUCUUGUGGCUUUGCAGGUCUUCCCAUGCUUUAAACCCAAUGUCAGAGGUUUAAAAGAGGAACACAGGAAUACCUGGAAAGUGCCCUUUGAAGCAUCUUGCACCUUCUCCUUUAAAGGUGCUUUAAUAUGCCUUUGCUUGCAAAACAGUCAAGUGUUCUAAUGAAUACACUUAACCUGGCUGCGUUGGUCUUUGGAGAGAAUAAGCUGCUGUGGAACCUUGAUCUGGAACGUGCUCUCAUUCCCGAUUGGGCCCUGGUACUGGAUUUCCUGUUGAAAAGCUCUCCCUUCUGACUGCACAUUGCUCGCAUAGCUUCCACUCUCUGCAAACCGCAUUCGGGGGGGGGGGGGGGUCAAAUAGCAAGGCAAAUUUUCAGGCGGAAACCUGCAUGGGCACCUGAUCUGGAUUGGGGCCCUGCAGCUGCUUUGUUUUUGUUGUGCUGUUGUUGCAAAACAAAAAUUACCAAAAAGCACCAAUAAAAUAAACAUUCAUCCUGGCACUAAGCUCCCAAGAUAGCCAGGUUUUCAGCUGGUGCCAAAAGCUUAACAUUCCUGCCUCAGAUGGGGAAGAGCUCAAAGGUGCAGGGCCACCACUGAGACAAUAGCUGCUCGGGCUUCUCCUAGCCCCACCUUGAGAUGCCAUAGGGAAGAGUGUCUGCCUUGCAAGCGGAAGGUCCCCGGAUUCAAUCCCUGGCAUCUCCAGCUAGGCUUUGGUCAGUCUCCUGCCUAGAAUUCUGUAGAGCCACUGCCAGGCAUUGUAGACAAUACUGAGCUAGAGUCUGGCUUGGUACAGUGGUACCUCGGGUUACAGAUGUUUCAGGUUACAGACUCUGCUAACCCAGAAAUAGUACCUCGGGUUAAGAACUUUACUUCAGGAUGAGAACAGAAAUUGCGUGGCGGCAGCAGGAGGCCCCAUUAGCUAAAGUGGUACCUCAGUUUAAGAACAGUUUCAGGUAAACAACAGAUCUCUGGAACGAAUUAAGUUCUUAACCCGAGGUACCACUGUAUAAGGUAUAAUCUGUUUCCACACCAGGGAUUAAACCUCUGACCUUCCGCAUACAUGGCAGGUGCUCCAUCCUUGAGCUGUGACCCUUCAGCCUGGAGGGCAUGCUAUUUUGCCUCCCCCCCCCCCCCCGGCAAGGUGCCAUGAGUCUGCUUGUAGUGUUGGCUGCAGAAGUCUUAACACGGCUGCCUCUCUCUCCGGUCUCCAGGACACGAUGGCGGCAUGAUUGUCUUCAAGCUGGAGCGCGAGCGACCAGCAUACGCUGUGCAUGGCAACAUGCUCUACUACGUGAAGGACCGCUUCCUGCGACAGCUGGACUUCAACAGUUCCAAAGAUGUUGCCGUAAUGCAGCUGAGAAGGUGAGGAGGUCCUCUUCCGCUCGAUGCCUUCCACCACUGUUGCUAGGUGGUUGUUUUGUGCUUCUUGUGGGCGGAGAAGGCUGCAUGCGCUGCUUGUACACAAGAACACCAUAAGAGCCUGCUGGAUCACGCCAGUGGCCCAUCGAGUCCAGCAUCCUGUUCUCACAGAGGUCAGCCAGCUGCCUUUGUUGGGAAACCGGCAAGCAGGCCCCGAACACGAGAGGAGGAGGAGGAGUAGUUUGGAUUUGAUAUCCUGCUUUUAUCACUACCCGAAGGAGUCUCCAAGCGGCUAAUAUUCUCCUUUCCCUUCCUCCCCCACAACAAACACUCUGUGAGGUGAGUGGGGCUGAGAGACUUCAAAGAAGUGUGACUGGCCCAAGGUCACCCAGCAGCUGCAUGUGGAGGAGCAGGGAAUCAAACCUGGUUCACCAGAUUACGAGUCUACCGCUCUUAACCACUACACCACACUGGCUCUCUCUCUCUCUCUCUCUCUCUCACUGUGGUUACCAGCUACUGUAGUUCAGAAGUAUUACCAGCUCCUAACCAUGGAGGCAGACAACCAGCAGAGCACCUUGCAGCCCAGGACCUUUUUUGGGGGGGGGUCAUGGGGGUCCUUUCCUUCUGCGUCAGUGGCUGCUACUUUAAGACAGAGCUGUGACACAGGCCAGCUACUAUUUGUGUUCUCCCUGCUUUCCUCAUUUGUUACUUUCUUCCUUCUCAGCGGCUCCAAAUUCCCUGUGUUCAACAUGUCCUACAACCCUGCGGAGAACGCCGUCCUCCUCUGCACGGUAAGCUGAAGCUAACCUGGAGUUCCGCAAGCCUUGUUGGGUGACUUCAUCGCCCUUUGCUAAGGGGUUUGGGGGCUCGUUUUGAGGCCUUGCCACUUGUGGGGCUCAGUCCUGCAGGGGCAAUGUGCAUGUCCACCUUUUCAGAAAGUGGAAGAACAGGGCGGCUGCCCAAGGAACCUGCUACUUGCCUUGGACAAAAAGGGCCCUUCUAGUCCAGUAUCCUUACUUCCCACAGUAACCAACCAGAUACCUCCAGGGAGGCAACCCCCCCCCGGCCCCUCCCAGCUUGUAUUUGCAGAUUUGGAUCCUCCAGAUUCAGAGGUAGUCUAUUGCCUUUGUGGCUUAAUGCCCACGGAUAGAUCUUCUCUUCCUUGAAUUUGCCUAAUUCUAGAUUACUAAAUCUGGAUUACUGCAGUGCGCUCUAUGUGGGGCUUCCCCUGGGCUUGACCUGCAGGCUAGUGCCGAAUGCUGGAGCGCGAUUGCUAAGCAAAAGAAACAAACACAAACAGUUGAAAGAAAUCCUAGUCCCGAGAGAGCUGGUCUGACGUGUAGAAUUCUUCCUCUCUCCACAGAGAGCCAGUAAUCUGGAGAACAGCACCUACGACCUGUACACCAUUCCUAAGGAUGCUGAUUCCCAGAAUCCUGAUGGUGAGCUUUGCAUCUGUUCCUCCCUGCCUCCACCGCCUUCCCCCGCCCUCCGAAAAUCACAACUGGGUUCCUUCUCCACCAUUCCUGCGGAGCCCACAUGCUCUUGGCAGGUUCUUUUGACUUGAAAAAUUCAUGUUUGUCCCCCUCGCUUUUACGGUUGCAAAUAUAUUUUUUAUAAAUCAGUUAUUAGAAACUAUCCAUCCUGCCUCUCUGCCCAGCAGGCCGCCUCACUGGCUUGCCUGUCGUGAUGGAUCUCCUAGCAAAGCAGCUCCAUCCCAGGCAGGCCUCUCUGCUUCCAAAGUAGCUGUACAAGUGCCCAGUGCUCGUUCUCUCCCUCUUGGCCAAUUCCAGACCAGGCGUGUAAUCUGCCCAUCAAAAUGUGCCGCUGGAACUUCUUCCUUCCAAGUGCCUCUCGUUCCACUUGGGAGUUGAAGUUCCAGCUGGGUCUCCCCUGCCUCUGACGUCACGGCAGUAAAAGCUCCCAGAGCGAGUUCCAGUGAUGCAUGAGCCAGGCCAGCCUCCCGCCUCCCACAUUAGCAGAUUUAUGGGCUCUGCAUGGCUGCCAGGCGCCAUUUGCUAUAAAGGCGAUGUUACCUCCCCUCGUUCCGAGACACAGAAACUCUGCUAGUUAUGUUCCAGCCUUGCUGUGAGCUGAGCUCCUCCUGGCACCCAGGACUCUGGGGUGCUUUUGUUUCUCGCUCUUAUAUCCCGCGAUGUUGGUAGCUCUUGCAAGCAAAUAUUUGGGCCGCCCCGUUUCCUCACCAUUUUCAUAGCGGUAAGAGUGUUAAGGCUCUUCUUUUCACUUUGUGUGAUGGCAAAAAGAGGAAAAUUUGUUUCCUACUGUGCUUUCCAAACAUGAAGGCAGUACUGGUAUAUUCUUGUGGCCUUUCCCUUUUUGAUUAUGUGCAUUACCACCAAAAUCAUCAAGUGGGGAACUGUUGGAUAAUUUGCAGAUAUUUGCAGAGUAAGCAUGCAGAGAGGGCCCAGUAUACAUAUCCCCCGUAUAACUGACGGAAUGGUAUAACUGAAGGAGCAUCUCUAUCCCCAUCGUUCAGCCCGGACUGAGGUCCAGCUCCAAGUGCCUUCUGGGGGUUCCAUCACUGAGUGAAAUGAAGUUACAAGGAACCAGGCAGAGGGCCUUCUCAGUAGUGGCUCCCGCCCUGUGGAAUGCCCUCUUAUCAGAUGUCAAGGAGAUAAAGAGCUGCACAACUUCUAGAAGAUACCUGAAGGCAGCCCUGUAUCAGGAAGUCUUCAACGUUUGGUGUUUUAUUAUGCUUUUAUAUUUGUUGGAAUCUGCCCAGAGUGGCUGGGGCACCCAGCCAGAUGGAUGAGGUAUAAAUAAAACAACAACAAAACAACAAUGGGGGUAGGAAGACUGAGGCAGCUAGCCUAAAAGACUGCUGAGUGAGGAGCGAUCUGAGCUUGUGACAUCCUGGUCUGUUUUAACGACUACACUUGAUAAUGUUCCGGGGUGGCAGCUCACCAGUGUGGUGGGGUUUCCUCUGUCAUCCGGACUGGGAUUAGGCCUUCCACGGUAAUAUUGGGCUCUGUUCCCAUCACGGCGACGCAGGACCCUUUCAAAAUUCACAGGCGGAUGGAAGCCAUAGUCAGCACCAUGGACUCAGCGGGCACCUUAGCGCCCCACACCCCGUAAGGACCCUUCAUGGGCUCCUGAUGCGAAGAGGAAGUUGGCGCGGUGCUGAGAGUCAACUGCUUCUUCCGUGGAGCGAAGCCGCACAGCCGUUGCCGGAGAGCGCUGCCUUUUUCCUGGGACAAUUUGGCUUUUAAAAUAAGCCAGCUCACUCAGCACGGCUCUUUAAAGAUAGAGCGGCUCUUGCUGGCUUUUCCGGGAGGUGGGAGAAGGGACUGACGGGCUGCCCUUCGUUUCUUCUCCCGCCUCCCUGAAAAGCCAGAGCAAGUGGCGCAGCUAUCUCUGAAGCCAGCACAGAAAGAGGGAGAGCUGCGCAGCGCCUCUUGUUGUGCUGCCUUCCCAGUGAAGCAGAAUGAGGGACGGAAGAGGCUCCGUAAGGGCUCCCUUCUGUCCCUCCUCCCGCUUCGCUGGGAAGCCAGCAGAACAAGAGGCGCUGCGCAACUCUCGCUCUUGCUCUGCUGGGUUCAGCAAUAGUUGCACAGCCUGCAUUCUCUCCAUAAGACGCACACACAUUCCCCCUUACUUUUUAGGAAGGAAAAAGUGUGUUUUAUGGAGCAAAAAAUACGGUACUGCCCUGCAUGUCUGAAGCAGCCCAGAUGCCUCACUCUGUGCAGUUCUCUCCCGGAGAGGCUUCUUCUCUUGACACUCGUUGCUUUGUGCUUCAGUGCGAGGCAACAGCUGCUGGAAGCAGAGGCAAAGGAGGGGCCUAUGUUGGCUACAGGACCCUCGGCGCUUGCUUUGUUUGGCUGCAGAGGCAUAGCUCAUUAGCGUGACAUAGUGGCGUGUCAGCCGGGAUGGCUGCUUCCUCCUUUGCCAGCCAGUCGUGGCGCCGGUUCCCCCAGCAACUGCUUGGCUCCUCCAGUGGGCCACUUUGAGAAUCCAAAAGUAUGUGUCAGAGGCAGAGAGGAGGAGGGCCUGGAUCUUACAUGUAGCCUGAGGUUAAAUGGGAGUCGGGGGUGGGGGGGGUAGGGAGAGAGCAGCUGAUCCGCAGGAGCAGAGCUGGAGCAGAGCCAGCGGUAUAUGACUUAAUGCCUGUCAUUUAUUAUUCCACCCCACCCCCAGCUCCUGAAGGGAAACGCUCAUCUGGGCUGACAGCUGUGUGGGUAGCUCGGAACCGCUUUGCCGUCUUGGAUCGGAUGCACUCGGUGAGUGGGGAGAACCACAUAGCUCAGCGGCAGGACAUCUGCCUGGCAUGCAGAAGGUCUGAGGUUCAUUCCCCAGUGGCAUCUCCAGGGAGGGCUGGGAGGGACUCCCUUUCUGAAACCCUGGAGAGCUGCUGCCAGUCAGUGUUGAUAAAAUACUGACCUAGGUGGACUGAGGGUCUGAUUCGGCAUAAGCUUCAUAUGAAAUGCUCUGCCCGUCCCAUCAAGCCGUGAGCUGUCUUUGGGGAGCAGCAGCCUUGCUUUCCUUCCAAUGAGCCUCAGCUUCUCCUGCCUGAGCUUGGAACUUCCACAAGUUUCAUGGAAUCCUGAUAGAGAAACGUUGAUUUAGGAAGAGAGGAUGAAAAUCAAAGAAGUCUUCUGAGAAGAAGACUAAAGCACAGGAAUAUUAUUAUUAUUAUUAUUAUUAUUAUUACAAUUAAUUUAUUAGUCACUUUCUAAACCAUUAUUUCGAGAUAAUUUUACACGUAAGAUAAUUAAAAACAGUUAAAAACUCAAAGAGAUCAAAUACGUUUAACACAAAUCAGAAGUCCUAACACGUGGGCACUCGUGGUAGAGACCCAUCCAUCAAGCUGGGAAAUCCUAUCGGAACAGAAAUGCUCUUUCUGGAAGGUGCAGUUAUUCCUUGACAGGAAUAAUGCUAUUCUCCGUAUUGCAUAUGGUGAGCCUGAGAGAAUUUAUGGCUUGGCCAAGUCCCCUGAGGCAAUUCCUGUCAACCGAGAUUCAAACGGAGCGUUCUGCUUCGCAGCUUAGUCUCAGCCACUACACUGCAUGGCUGCUCUCUGUUUCCUUCUCUCUCUCUCCCCUGCCACUCUCUUGAUUAUGAGCUACCCCUGCAAGCCAUUGUCAGGUUAUGUGGCAGAUUAAAAUGAGAAGGGACAAGGCAACACUGAGUAGCAAGCAAAGGUGCUGAGCAGCUCUGUGUGAGGUCCUGAGCCAGCAGUGAGUCUUGCUCUUCCGGAUUUCACUUUUGUGUGCCUGAUUUCUCUCUUCCCUCCUCUCCCUGAUUUUUGCGGUCUCUUGCCUGCCUGCUGAAAUGGCAGAUUCUGAUCAAGAACCUGAAAAAUGAGAUCACCAAGAAGGUCCAGGUUCCCAACUGUGAUGAGAUUUUCUAUGCUGGGACUGGGAACCUGCUGCUGAGAGAUGCUGAUUCCAUCACCCUCUUUGAUGUGCAGCAGAAACGGUAAGAACCUUCAGCAGCAGGUGACCUCUGACCUGGGGUGGUGAUGGUGGAGUCCAUCAGACAAACUCCAGGUGGGCAACGACCUUUACCAGCUUUGUCACUUUGAUAUGGAAGCCCAAGGCUGUAAUUGUAGAGCCCUCUGAUUUCCUUCUCUCUGGAUGGGGGAGUAGAAACACCUGGCCAGAUUUGGCCCAGAGGCUUCCAGUUGCUGAUCCUUACCCAACACUUGCAGAUUUUUUCUGCUAGCGCCUUUCAGCUGCCAGGUUUCCUUAAGAUACCACAGAUAACGUGCAUAUUGUAGGGUGUCUGGGGGUGUUCUUGGCCACCAGGGAUUCCCAGAGAGCUGCCCUAGAGAAAGGAGAAGAGCUGGUUUCUGUGGGCCAGUUGAGGCAGAUUCAGCGUAAGUCUCACAUGGUCCGUAGGCCAAAGCCUUUUUCUGCCCGUGGUACUACCUCCCCACCCCCACCCCUCCGCCAAUUGAUUGCUGCUUCUCCUGCGUUCGAAUAGUGGGCAAAUGGGGGAGAAGGGAAGGUGGUGUGUCCUGGUGUGACUUCAUGGACUGGGGGGCUGCUCCCUUCCUGCAGGACUCUGGCCUCUGUCAAGAUCUCCAAGGUGAAGUACGUCAUCUGGUCGGCUGACAUGUCCCACGUGGCUCUCCUGGCAAAGCACGGUAAGAAGAGGCCUCACAGGUGUCUUGACAGCAAGGCCCAAGGCUUUCGUAGCAGUGAUUUUUGUAUUCUGGGUUGCUCCAUUUUGCAGCUUCCUCAUCUUCCCCCAAUGCUUUGCUUUUGACUGUAAGCUACUUUUAAAAAUUAUUCUUCUCUUCUGUGUGUGUGUGUGUGGAGUGGGGCAGAGGGGAGUUAAAGUGCCAUACAUAACUUUAGGGCUGGAUGGUGCAUUCAUUUAAGGCUCUUUCCCCACAAGUUUACAUGUUGGGUUUUCUCUUAAUCACUGUGGUUUCAAAUGGGUUUGCUGGUAGGCCAGCAGAUCCGCACCCUUUUUUUGGACUUUUUUUUUGGUGGCAGGUCCUCCUUGAAUCACCUGGUCCUUUCUUCCUCACAUUAGGGUAAAGGAAAGAGGGACAGCCUGAAGAGGAAGCCAAGAGAAAUGGUUUCCUCCCCACUCCCCCUAGUUGAAAGCUGUGGUGCAAAAUGUGCCUUAUCGCAGAAAAUCACGUUGGCAUCCUUCUGUUCUUUGUUAGUUACGCAUGUUGCUUUAAGGGGUGGGAGGAAAGAAUGAAUGGGGUCCCUGCCCUGAAGAGCUUGCAAAGGCAAGCCUUGACUGAGUGAAGAGAAGAGCCAUUAACAGGAAUGCUCCCCAUUUGCCUCCUUUUCCGUCCACCAAGGAGCUCACUGCUGCAGAUAUGGGAAUCUCCAUCUCCCUACUCCAAAGCAACCUUUGGAGAUAGGUUAGACUGAGAGAGACUGGCUGCCCCACACCUGCCCCCUGAGCUUCACGGCUGAAUGGGGAUUUGAAUCAGGACCUCCCAGCCUAGGCACUACACUGUCCCAAUUCCCUGUACUUUGGAUUUGUUUCAGUUGGGGUUACUUAGGAGUAAGCCCUCUUGAGCAUGACAUCUCUCCUCUGCUCUGCCUCUCCAGCCAUCAUGAUUUGCAACAGGAAGCUGGAGUCGCUUUGUAACAUCCAUGAGAACAUCCGGGUCAAGAGCGGCGCCUGGGACGAGAGCGGGGUCUUCAUCUACACCACAAGCAACCACAUCAAAUAUGCCGUCACCACCGGGUAAGCAGGCAGCGUGAAUGGACUGCGGUGUCCAGCAGAAUAUCAAUGAUCAAGAUGAUGGUGCUUCCAAAAAUGCUAUCCAGGAUGGUUGUAAAUAAAAGUGGCACUUAUUUUUGCUUUGAUCACUGCCCUCUGAAGCAUAAGCCAAAAGCAGCAACUCCUCUCCUGAAGUUGCUUUUGGGCCUGCUUUUUCAGCAGCCAUACCUGUGUUUUGAAGAUACAUGUAUUAGCACAGUGAAGACAGGGAAAACCUGAUAUGCCCAUUGACAACAACAAUAACACAAGCUUCCCAGGGACAAAGUACUCUGCAUCAUAGCUGCAAAACAGGAGUUCUCUCAAGGCUCUAAAAAGCUGGUGUGCAGCCAGUCCCCAGUAGGAUUUAGUAACAGCAUUAAAAUCCUUGUUAGCACCUGGUCUUGAGAGAAAGCCUGCACUUGCUUUUUAAAGAGAGACAUGCAUGCAGUUUGUUAAGCCAUGGCUUGUUAGAUCAUCUGAGCCUUCUCUGGUGGUAUGUUUACUGCCCAACAGACCAUGAUCUGGAGCCAUGGUUUGUUGUUGGCUUGUAAACCUCGAUUUGUUUUAACCGUGGCAUGGUGUUAAGUGUGACUCAACAGCUACUAGCCAUAAUGGCUGUGCUCUGCCUCUAUAGUCAGGGGCAGUAAUGCUUCUGAAGACCAGUUGCUGGGAACAGUUACAGGAGAGGAGUGUGCUCUUGUGCUCAGAUCCUGCUUGAAAGUCUCCCCACGGGCAUCCAGCAGGCUCUUCUUGCGCUCUUAUAAACAAAGCUGACCUGAGUGAACAGAAAUGGCAGAGACCAAGAUCUGGAAGGAGUUUGCCAAGGAGGAUGGCUCAUGGAUGUAAAGAUCAUGGAGCUCAAGUGCCCUUCCUCUCCCUUUCCAGUCCCUAGUACAGUGGUGCCUCAGGUUACAUACGCUUCAGGUUACAUACGCUUCAGGUUACAGACUCCGCUAACCCAGAAAUAGUGCUUCAGGUUAAGAACUUUGCUUCAGGAUGAGAACAGAAAUCGUGCUCCGGCGGCACAGCAGUAGCAGGAGGCCCUAUUAGCUAAAGUGGUGCUUCAGGUUAAGAACAGUUUCAGGUUAAGAACGGACCUCUGGAACGAAUUAAGUACUUAACCUGAGGUACCACUGUAGAAGCAAAGCCUAGUUAGAGCUCAAUCAUUAUAUUAAGUCAGUUUUACCAUAAAGUUCCAAAGCUUAUCCAGUAGCAGAAAGUGUCCUCCCCCACUUUCAAUCUUGUAAAUUUAAAAGGAGGGUCGUAUGACCCCAUUUUCUGCCCAUUCCUCCUGUCAGGCUUCGGGGAAUCGGAUCCCUUCCCCCGGUGGCAGUAAAUAAGCAGAUCAAGCGAAAGGAGCGUUCGUACUAGAUAAGAUCUUUAAUAAUCACAGCGAGAGAAUGCAUAUCUCUCUAAAAAAUGGCGUUGCUCCCAGUUCACCCCCUCGGUCCCCAUUAAUCUAUGUCACUCCUAUGUUGGGUAAUCUGAGCUUGUUGCUGUUGCGCUUUCUGUUCUAUCACUUUCUUAGGCAAGGGGGGGGGUCAGGAAUGCUGUCCAAGGACACAAUCUGCCAGCUGUCUCUCUCUUGGCGUUUCCUCUUCUCGCUGUUCCUCACCCAGUAUUUCCUAGCUUUUCCCCUCUGGACUGUGCUCCUCUGCAAACCACUGUUCUAAAUCAAUACUGUCCUCCUGCCCUUGGGAAGGUUCAGAAAAAGGGGGGGGCUCCCACCAUUCUUCCUCGGUCGAGUCCCUGACACCCCCCACAACUCCUGCUUCCGCAUUCCCCAUCUAGAGACCAUGGGAUCAUCCGCACCCUGGACCUGCCUAUCUACGUGACGCGGGUGAAGGGGAACAACGUCUACUGCCUGGAUCGCGAAUGCCGCCCCCGAGUCCUGACCAUUGACCCGACAGAGUUCAAGUUCAAGCUGGCUCUCAUCAACCGGAAGUAUGACGAGGUGUGUGCUGCCUGCUUCCUCUUGCCAUCCGUGCCCAGUGUUGGAGAGGAGGGCGUCUUCUCAAACGGCCUGUCUCUUGCAUUGCCUCCCAUCUCUGUACAGCAGCCGUGUAGGGCGACUGUAUCUCUCUCUACCUCCUUGCCAUAUUUGAUAUGAGCAGGCAGGAAGCCAUGCCAGGACUUGCGUCCGCUUCUUGCCGUAGAAACUUAAGGACACUGCUGGAACAGCAGAAGCCUCCAAGAUGUUUCCAGGAGGCUGAAAGGUGCAGCCUGAAGGGAUGCACUUGAAUUCAUUUUUUAAAUUAUUUUUCCAGUAUAACAUAUACGGUAAAGAACGAACAAAGGCAUAUAAAGAGUCAGCUUACAAAAUUAAAACAUUUCUCUUAAGCUUUGAACCUUAGACUACUCGAUAAGCUGUUUGCAAACACUAUAAGAAAAUCUUAAUUUCCCAGUGAUUUACAAGCAAGUCUCUCUCUCUGGAACAUAUAACCAGAAUUAAUUUACAGCUCUCCUAUGAAAAUAAUGCCUAACAGGAAUUUUACCAGGGGACAUAGACAUCAUACCACUGAGUUUCCUUUUACAGUGCAACCACACAUUGAGCUGAGCCUCUUUCCCUCCAGAUCUCCUUACCGCCUGCCACAUGUGAUAGCCAUUGUGCUAACCUAGGAUUUAUUCCCUAAACGCAUGACUGCACCCUCAUUUGUCCCCCACUUCCUGUUCCAGGUGCUCCACAUGGUGCGGAACGCCAAGCUGGUGGGCCAGUCCAUCAUCGCCUACCUCCAGAAGAAGGGCUACCCUGAAGUUGCACUCCAUUUUGUGAAAGACGAGAAGACUCGGUUCAGCUUGGCUCUCGAAUGCGGCAACAUUGAGGUGAGACAUGGCGCCAGCUGUUCUCCAGCCAUCUCCAGGAGGGCCUUGCACGCAGAUCUAAGACCUAGAGGUGUCUCACACAAGGGUUCCACGCUUCCUCCCCCUGCCAACAAUCUGUAACUAGCAAGGUCUUUAGUUAAGCAAAUCCACUCCUUCAUUCCAGCAUUGUCUCCUUUCCUUUUUUAAAAGCAAACUUGCCUUUUAUUGGCAAAUUCUGUCCCAACAUUUGUCUGCUAAGCCAUAAAAUGCUAAAUCUUCCUCUCUAUAGCUCAGUGGUGGAGCAUGAAGGUUCCAGGUUCUGUCUUUGGUGAACUUUUACUUGCAUGAUCUCAAGAAGCAGGGCUGAGAAUGGCCUCUCUGCUCUGCCCCCUUGGGGUUGUCUAGGUAUUAACCCAAGGACCGUGUUUUUGGUGCUAUUUUAGAUUGCUCUGGAGGCAGCCAAAGCCUUGGAUGAUAAGAACUGUUGGGAAAAACUGGGGGAAGUGGCCUUGCUCCAAGGGAACCACCAGAUCGUGGAGAUGUGUUACCAGCGCACCAAGAACUUUGACAAGCUCUCCUUCCUGUACCUAAUUACGGGCAAUCUGGAGAAACUGCGCAAGAUGAUGAAGAUAGGUUGGUCUCUACAAUGAAUGGCUCUUCCAGCCCAUACGGAGCCAGAAACUUUAGAUGAUUCAGGAAUGUAUUACAAAAAAAUAGAAUUGCAUGCAACAGACUGGCCACCUUUGCAGAUGAUGAUAAAACUGGAUUCCUGCCUGUCUCAGUUUACUGUGAGCCAGCAGCACAUGUCCUGUUCCACUCCUUCUUUCACCCAAGGGCACAGAAUUGACUAGGAAGGGAUAGCUUGAUGGGACAUCUGAACCCAGGAUCCUGUUUUGUUGCUGGCAUAUGCUCCUGGUUUAUAUGGGAGCAACACACCAGGAUUUUGGGUGCGGACAUAAGCCAUCCCUUCCUGCUUUGUUUUUCUCUGCUUUUCUCCAAAGGGAAGAGCGAAGGGGCUCUGUGUACUAGCAAGCUACUCAUUCACAACGAACCCAGAAUAAGCAGAGAGUUCUGACAUAUUGUGUGGGAAUGCAGCUGCCUGCCUCUCUCGCAGCAUGAUCACAGUUGCUGUCAUUUGGCCCUCUCAAAAUGUUGUGACUAUUGACAAACUUACUCCUAACAGUCAAGGACUGGGAAAUGGUGUUAACCUCAGAACAAGACACAGUCAUCCCAUCCCAGUGUAAGGCAAGCCAUGUGGAAUCCUAGACGUGAAAGGUUCUUUGUAGGGUGACUACUGACCACCAGCCUUGAUGCAGGGGGAAGAAGCAGGACGAAAUGCGUAGUAAUGGGAGGUGGCUGCCCUUUUGCAACUCAUGAAUCCGCUUCAGGUUGGGAGAGGGGAGAUUUGUAGCAGCAGCAGCCAGGAAUUCUGCAGUGAGCUAAUGCUUGAAACUCCUGAGUGAGAGUUGGGUGUGGAGGUGACCCAUUUUCCUCUUCCCUUGUUCUUUGUUGCAGCCGAAAUCCGGAAGGACAUGAGCGGCCACUACCAGAAUGCUUUGUACCUUGGGGACGUGGCUGAGAGGGUGAGGAUCCUGAAGAACUGUGGACAGAGUGAGUAAGCUGGCAAUGUGAGCUUUGGGAUUCCUAGAAAAACGAGCUCAGUUUCUAUUAACAAGAGCACAAGAGGAGCCUGCUGGAUCAGGCCAGUGGCCCACCUGGUCCAGCAUCCUGUUCUCAGAGUGGAUAACCAGGUGCCCCCUUAUGGGAAACUUGCAAACAGAACCUGAGCCCAAGAGCCCUCUCCCCUUCUGUGGCUUCCAGCAGUUGGUAUUCCGAAGCAUUGCUGCCUCCCAACUUUGGAGACGGGGCAUGGCCAUCAUGGGUAGUAGCCACUGGUAGCCUUCUCUCGAUGAAUUUGUCCAGUCCUCUUUUAAAGCCACCCACGUUGGUGACCAGCCACAGGAGAGAGUUCCAUCGUUCAACUAAGAGCUGUGCAAAGAAGGGCUUUUUUUUAUCUGUCCCCUUCCCUCCCUCUGCCUCCUGCCAAAUCCCACCCUUUCCAGGCUGAACAGGGUAGCAGCUAUGGAGCUUCUUUCCAUUUGCAUGACCAGACUACCCUGGAGAGUUUCCCACCAUCCUGACCUUUCUCUUGCUUGCUUGUCUCUGUCAGAGUCCCUGGCCUAUCUGACGGCUGCAACCCACGGCUUAGAUGAGGAAGCAGAGAGCCUGAAAGAGACCUUUGACCUGGAAAAGGAAACGGUUAGUGCAGGACUAUGGGCAGGCUGGAUUUGCUUGGCAUGCCGUUUUCCCUUUGCCUAACACUGGUGGAAGAAUUUCAGUCUGGGGGCAUGAGUGGGAGCUUACAAGUCUGUAGUUUACCAGACCUAUUGACCCAAGUCUCUUAGGUUGCAUCACGAACCCCUGGCUCUGCAUCUCAGAAUAAGCAUUAUCACCCACCUGCUUACAGUUUGAAGCUUUCUCCCAAACUUCCCCUGGGCUGAAAUGGCUGUGUAGCUCCCUGCCUAAUUCCCAGUCAACCCCUUCCUUGUCCCUGUGGUAAAGGUAAAGGUACCCCUGCCCGUACGGGCCAGUCGUGUCCGACUCUAGGGUUGCGUGCUCAUCUCGCUCUAGAGGCCGUGAGCCGCGCCAUCCGAGGACACUUCCGGGUCACGUGGCCAGCGUGAUGAAGCUGCAGCUGGCAAGCCAGCACCAGCGCAGCACACGGAAACGCUGUUUACCUUCCCGCUAUAAAGUGGUACCUAUUUAUCUACUUGCACUUUCGAAGUGCUUUCGAACUGCUAGGUGGGCAAAGCUGGGACCGAAUGACGGGAGCUCACCCCGCCGCGGGGAUUCGAACCGCCGACCAUACGAUUGGCAAGUCCUAGGCACUGAGGUUUUACCCACAGCGCCACACGUGUCCCUGUGGAGAGUCUGCAAAUUUACAUGGAGGGUUGAAAGUUCUUUGUUUCCUCUUCUUCUUCCAGAUCCCAGAGAUAGACCCCCAUGCACAAUUGCUCCAGCCGCUUGCUCCCAUCAUGCCCCUGGACACCAACUGGCCUCUGCUCACUGUCUCCAAGGGCUUUUUUGAAGGCACAAUUGCCAGCAAAGGUAAGGAGGCCUGGACAUUGUUACUGGCAGGCUUCCCCUUCUCAGAUUUUGCAGGGGAGGUGGGGAGUGGCAGGGGCUCCCAGGUAUUGAGGCUGCUCUUGUCGGUGGCUGCUGCUGUCCUCUGUGGAGGCCAGAAAUAGCUGCUGUUGAACAGGGCCAUUGUACCUCAAGCCGUGCCUGUUUCUUGAGGCUGCAGAAUCCCACCACAAGACAAAUCGGUGAUCUUGUUCUUCUCUUCAGGCAAAGGAGGCGCGUUGGCUGCUGACAUUGAUAUAGACACAGUAGGCACCGAAGGCUGGGGAGAAGAUGCUGAGCUGCAGCUGGAUGAAGGUGAGAGCUCAGCGGUGAAAUCCCAUGAAGGCCAGGUUUUCUUGGCCGCUUGCUGGUUUAAGGUCGUAUACCAUCCUGCAUCAGAAGGCCACAGGGCAGUUUGCAACAUGCAAUGCAGAUGUCACUGCGUAAUAUCUGUACAACAUAAAAAUUGAAACAAAUGUAUGAAUUUGAUUGUAAUACUAAGCACUGCAUUAUAAAAUUCUCGUAACAGCAGCAGCAUCAAAAAUAAGAGAGGAGAAAAUCAGCAGCAGGGUGUUUAAAGUACGAAAGCAGUGCACAAAUCCUGAGUCUUCUCUAUAUCCAAAGGUAGCUCUUAAUCCUGGCCACCCACAGAAAAUGACAGACCCAGCUCUCUCCAGGGAGCUUUCCUUCCCACUCCCGGGACUCAGCUAUACAGCUGCAAAUAAAACGUUUUGAAUGCGUUGUAACAUGUAAUAUACAAUUGGCACACUAAAUGGCGACCAUGAGCUACAGCAAAUUCAAUGUGUUUUUCAAAAGGUUUAAAAAACAAACACAUUUUCACAACGUUUUUAAUGUGUGUAGAUUCCACCCCAGUCUCUUACUCUCUGAAGCUUUCCUGCUCUGCAUGACUUAAUAAAGGUGUUUCCUUGCCACCACUUACCAAUGAAGCAACCCAACCACUUCCUGUAUGGGGUGCAUGUCGGCCCUUCUUAAACUCCCCCAAUCCGCACUCUGUCCCCUUACAGAUGGCUUUGUGGAUGCUGGGGAAGGUUUUGGAGACGAAGCCCUGGCUAAAAGCCAAGAGGAAGGAGGUGGCUGGGAAAUCGAAGAGGACCUGGAUCUUCCCCCUGAACUGGUAAGUGUGGGUUUCAUUCAUUUCAACUGGUGGGGUGUAUUGCAGCAGGACUAGAGGGGAGACUAAAAGCAAAUGCUUACACAUCUCCCCUUAAGUCCGUCUCACUCUUGGUCCAUUGAGUCUGGACCAUUUUCUUCCCGGCAGCCACUCUCUAGGAUCCUAGACCUUGAGGGGCCUUUUCCCUUUGCCUGCUGCUGUCCCAGUUCCCCUUUACCUGGAGGCUCCAGAGAUGGAAUCGGGGACCUCAUGCAUUCAAAGCAUGAGCCGCCCCAUUUCUGAGCUCUGGUUCCAUCGUGGAGAACAUUUUGUCAUUGACUACCACAUGAGCUCUGUGAAACCUCCAUGUCCGGGUGCAGUCUACCUCAGAUAUCUUCAUGCACUAGAAAAUGGGGAACAGAAACGCAUGUGUGCGGAAGAUGGGGAGUAGUGGGAUAGCGCAGUCAGUAAAAACAUGCAGAUUUUAAUCUCGGGGUCGUGUGUUUGAGCCCCGUAUUGGGCCAAAACAUUCCUACAUUGCCAAGAGUUGGAAGAGAUGACCCUUGUGGUCCCUUCCAGCUCUUCUGUGAUUAGACAUUUGUUGUUGUGUUUCACCACUGGUGUGAGUGAAUGAGGUGUUCACGUUGCGGCAGGUGCCAUAGUAGGAAAGGAAAAUGGGAAGGAAGCACUAGUUAUUGUAUUUUAGUGUUUUGUUGGAAGCCGCCCAGAGUGGCUGGGGUAUAACUAAUAUAUUAUUAUUAUUAUUAUUAUUAUUAUUAUUAUUAUUAUUAUUAUGGCAUUGUAACCAGGAAAACUUCCAUGUCUGAACACACCAUAACUGCCCCUCCUUCUCUCUCCCCCCACCCGCGUUUCUGCUAGGAUGUUCCUGGUGGUCCUGCUGGAGAGGCAGAAGACGGCUUCUUCGUGCCGCCCACCAAAGGCACCAGCCCUGCCCAGGUAGGAGGGAGUCUGUGCUGAGGCACAAGACUCUGAGACCGGGCAGCAGACAGUGCCGAGCCCUACAAGUAGCAGAGAAAAGGGAGGUGGUUGGGAGUAGGCAGAGACUUGACGCUUUCCUGCAUUUCCCCCCAAAUGCAAGUGCUGCUCCCAGGCAGCUGGCUGCGAUGACAAGCACGCAACUGAAACUCCCAUUAAAAAAAUAAUCCAGAAGGGUCUGCCGGGUGAGGAGUCUGCUGCAGCGAAAGCAUCCGAGAAGUCUCAAAGGCGAAUCAAUGCACUGGUCCUCAAGCCGCUGCAAGACAUGCUCGUUUUGAAAGUGUAAAAGACGAAAAAAAGCAACAGGAGCUAAUUUCUGUAGGCCGAAUUGAAAAAUCUGGCCAGACUUGCAGAGCUUUCAAAAAACCAAAUAAAACCAGGCAGAUCCUUCAGCACCCUUGGGCUGGUUCCUGUCUCACUGCGGUGGAGGGCCAAUGGGAUAAGUUCACCUCCGCAAGUCCUCUGAUUUCUGUGGUUCUAAUCAGAUCCCUUUCUUUUCUCCCUGCUUAGGUCUGGUGCAACAAUUCCCAGCUUCCAGUUGAUCAUAUCCUUGCUGGCUCUUUUGAGACAGCUAUGAGGGUGAGUUGCCUGGGGACAAUGUCUCUGCACUGGCCUUUUUCCUUUUUCAUACAGUGUGUUGAACUUUGGGGUGCAUGUCACAAGUGGGGUUUUGUCUUUGUCACAAAAGCUUUGUCCCCAGUGAGCCUUGCUUCCUUUCAGGGGGUUGGGACUUCUUGCCUGCCUGAACGUGAGCACAGUUCUCUGCGGAAAUGGUUGGUUUGGAUGCCUGCACAAUGUGACCUUUAAAGGAUGUUGUUAUUUUUAUUUAUUUAACUUACUAGUUGCUUUUUUAUUUUACUAAAGUAACUCAAAGUGACUUACAAGAAUUAUAUUUACAUUAAAACCAGAAUAAAACCAAGAAAAAUCUGAAACACAUUCAUAUUUUUAAAAGGCAGGAUUAAACCCAGUGAAAGAGGCCACAGAUAAUUAAAAGCCAAAGGCCUGGCAGAACAGAAAUGCUUUUGCCUUGUGCCUAUAGAAAAGUUGUGAUGGUGCCAGGUGAGUCUGCCCAGGGAGAACAUUCCACAACUGAGGAGCCACCACCGAAAAGGCCAGUUCUCAUGCUGCUACCCUCUGGACCUCCAAUGGAGAGGGCACACAGAGAACGGCCUCAGAUGAUGAAUGCAGGCUCCAAGUUGGUUCAUAUGAGGAAAGGCAGACCUUGAGGUAUUGAGGUCCUGCUCCACAAAAGGCUUUAUAGGUCACAAACAGUGCUUUGAAUCUGGCCUGGAAACUUAACUGGCAGCUAACGCAGUUGGGCCAGGAUUGAUGUUAGGUUCUCAGACCAUCUUGCCCACGCAUAGGCAAACUCGGCCCUCCAGAUGUUUUGGGACUACAGUUCCCAUCAUCCCUGACCACUGGUCCUGUUAGCUAGAGAUGAUGGGACUUGUAGUCCCAAAACAUAUGGAGGGCCGAGUUUGGGAAUGCCUGCUCUUGCCCCAAUGGGCAAAUUCGGCAGCAUUUGCGAUUUCUAAGCAGUCUUCAAAGGCAGUCCCAAGUAUAAUGUAUUGCAGCCACUUAGCCUAGAUACGGCAAGCCAAGUGAUAAUUUUAGAGCAGAGGAGAAGAAUGAGAGAAGGGGAGAGUCUGUGCAGCAGAACUUUGUUGGGAAGCAUCUGGGAGCCCCCCCCCCCCGGUAACACCACCUCUCCCCCUCCCCUUUCCACUGCAGCUUCUCCAUGACCAGGUGGGAGUGGUCACAUUUGCCCCCUACAAACAGCUGUUCCUGCAGACCUACGCCCGGGAGCGCACCACGUACCAGGCUCUUCCCAGCCUCCCCGCCAUGUAUGGAUACCCCCAUCGCAACUGGUAGGUGUGAGCACCCUUGUUCUUCCUGCCGCGACUGGCGGCUGCACUUGGUUGUGGGACCCAGGUGCUCGCCAUGAGCUCUCUAGGUUGCGAGCAGGAAACAGGCUUUGCCAUGGCCUACCCCUGGCUGCCUUCUGCAUGCAUGAAUUCAGGAGCAGGGCUGUGGGCUGAUGCUUAACCUCAAACAGAGGGAUCUUGUGAAAUGCUGCAUAGCGUCAUAUACACUGUUUGUCAUACUCAGACUCAUCAACAUUAGUGGCCAUUAACUUAGGCCCAUUAAUUUCGACAGAUUUACUCAGUCAAGCUUUCUUGGUGUCCAUCCAAUAAUAAGCAAGUCCUUGAACAUCCCUGCCUCCCCCUUCCUUGACCAGUUUUACCCCACACCUCAUUUUUACCCCUUUUGCUCUGGAAUCGGCUAACAAAAUGUUGCGGUUCAAGCAUCUGUCGUAGGCAAGUCCUCAUACUGCCUCCUCAUUUUCUAGGAAGGACGCGGGCCUGAAAAACGCCCUCCCGGCUGUGGGACUGAAGCUGAACGACUUGAUUCAGCGGCUGCAGCUGUGCUACCAGCUCACCACAGCUGGCAAGUUUGAGGAGGCCGUGGAGAAGUUCCGCUCCAUCCUCUUGAGCGUGCCGCUGCUGGUGGUGGACAACAAGCAGGAGAUCGCGGAGGUGAGCUGUCGAUUCAUUCGCAUCAUCCAAAGCAGACUCAGCCCACUUGCUCUCUGUUCAGAUAAAGAGAAGCCUUCAUGCAUGUUUCCCAGAAGUGUUGCGGCGCUGUGGUCUAAAUCACUUGGUGGUUCGAAUCCCCACAACGGAGUGAGCUCCCGUUGCUAUGUCCCAGCUUCUGCCAGCCUAGCAGUUUGAAAGCAUACCAGCACAAAUAGAUAAAUAAGUACCACUGUGGCAGCAAGGUAAAUGGCAUUUCCAUGGGCUCUGGCGCUUGUCACGGUGUCCCAUUGCGCCAGAAGCAGUUUAGUCAUGCUGGCCACAUGACCUGGAAAGCUGUCUGUGAACAAACACCGGCUCCCUUGGCCUGAAAGCAAGAUGAGCACCGCAACCCUAUGGUCGCCUUUGACUGUACUUAACCGUCCUGGGUGCCUUUACCUUUUUACCUUACUGUACUAAAAGAACACCACCCUGAUUCUGCACUGGGACAAACUCAGUUCAAACGCUUUAAUCCGUUGUGCAGAUCAAGUGUGUUGUCAAUGUUGCUGCACCAGCCAUCCACUCAUUCUCUUCUGUUCAGGGGUAUAGGGUAGGCUGAAUGGCCCACCCCAGCAGCAUGAAAUCUGCUCUCUCCCUACACGCCCCUCCUCCAAAUCUCCUGUUUUUAUUUCAAGCUUUACAAAACAAAUUUUCAAGCCGCUGUUUGUAGCUAACGUGCCCUGGCUCGUUCGUUCUUUUGUUCUGACAGGCCCAGCAGCUGAUCGCCAUCUGCCGGGAGUACAUUGUGGGGCUGUCCAUGGAGAUCGAGAGGAAGAAGCUGCCCAAGGAGACCCUGGAAGAGCAGAAGCGCAUUUGUGAGGUAGGGCAACCCCUCUCUCUCUCCAUGACCUCAUGCCAAGGGUGCAAACAUUGGGUUACCAAAAGCAUCCUAGCUGUUACAGUCUGCCAGAAGGCAACACUUAUGCAACUCUCUGUGGACAAGAGCACCAAUAAUUGGCUAAGAGAUCAAAUGAACACCAUUAACUCUAUCAGGGGUGGUCAAACCCCAGUUCAGGAGCCUGAUCUGACCCUUAAGCAACUGGCUCAAGACCCUACUAAUUUUGGCGGUGAUGGCAGCAAAACAAAACACACACAAAAACAGAGUAGAGGGCAGUGUUGGAAUGGGAGGGGCUAAGAGCUCUGGUGGGGAUGCAAAUCACCAUCUUCUGAUCAUCUGAGUGACAUCCUUCCUAGCUGACCUACAUGGAUCAGUUGAGGAGGGUGGGGGCCAUAGGGUUGGCCACACCCACCACUGCCCUGCAGUCCCCGGAGAGUUGGUCAGGCCUUGGCCAAAAUGGGUUAGCCAUUUCUGAUGGCAAGUUCAGAAAGCAGCUGCAUUUGUGGAAAAACCCGUAUCACAGUGGAUCCGAGGACCCCCAUCAUCUGCCCCAAAGCCUGACCUUAGUGGUGCCAUUGUCUCUUGAGUCCAUCUUGCCUAUUACCCUGAGUAGGAGCAGCCCUCCAAGACCUCAGACAGAGGUCAUUCACUUACCCUGGUACCUGAAACCUUUUAGCCGACGGUGCAACAUCCAUGCCGCAUGCAAAACAGCUGCCCUAUCACUGAGCUGCAGGCCCGUCUCCUGCACAACUGAGUGGUGCCCCAACCAAAGCAAACUCCUUUUUGGAACUGCAUCCUUCUUCCCAACAGAUGGCUGCCUACUUCACCCACUCCAACCUGCAGCCCGUCCACAUGAUCCUGGUCCUUCGCACAGCGCUCAACCUCUUCUUCAAGCUCAAGAACUUCAAGACGGCUGCCACCUUCGCUCGCCGCCUCCUGGAACUGGGGCCCAAACCGGAAGUGGCUCAGCAGGUAAAUUCCCAGAGGAGCUGCUCAAAGCCAUCAUCUUCAUCGCCUUCAAGGGCUCUAAGCACAAAGGGCAGAGGGUGUUUUGAAGUGUAAUAAACCAACGUUGCGGUUCCGGCACAAGAUAUAAAAUAUCUGCAGAAUGAUCCCUUGGCGCAGGAGUAGUGCCACUGUGACACAGGCCAACUUUGAUGGAUUGGGGGGGGGGGGUCAGUCACCUGAUGGCGUGAUAGUUUCAGGUGACUGCCCACCUCUCGAAGUUGACUUGUGGGGAGAGAGGUCUGCUUUGCCAUGGCGUUCCAUGCAAUGCGCUUCCAAGGCAGCACCCAGCAGAAUUUAACUUGUCUCCCAGUAGUUGGUAAGCUGACUGGGUCAAUCCUGUUAGCUGCAGAGGUCUGCUUCACCAUUGUGAAGGGCAUGUCCUGGCAUGUGCAGCACCCAGCAGGAUUGCACUCUCCACUUGCCCAGCUGGUGAGCAGGGCAUGCACUCCUGCUGCCUGAAGGGGUCUCCUGAAGCAGCCAGGAUUGAACCCCCGCAUGCCAAAUCGCCCCGCCGACCAAGACUGGCCCGUGAGCUGGAGGUUCCCCUCCUCUGCCUCCGUACAAUUAUGUAAAGUCCCUUUUUCGAUUCUUUACACUCCAGGGGAAUCUUUGCAGUGCAGUCUUUCCCCAGCUCAUUCUAAAGUGUUGAGACAGAACAUUCAGACUCCCAGGCCGUCUACCCUGUUUCUCCUUAACAGCUGCUUAGCUUUCCUCUCUCCACCACCACUGCAGACACGCAAGAUCCUAACCGCGUGCGAGAAGAACCCCAGCGACGCCUACCAGCUCAACUACGACAUGCACAACCCUUUUGACAUCUGCGCCGCCUCCUACCGGCCCAUCUAUCGGGGCAAGCCGGUGGAAAAGUGUCCACUGAGCGGAGCUUGCUACUGUCCUGAGUUUCAUGGCCAGAUUUGCAGAGUCACAACCGUAAGUGCCACCUCUUUCCUUCCAUUACUGGCAGUAACUCUCUCCUUGGAGACUUUUCAGCCUCUUUUGGUUACCUCUUGGCAGCCUUUCUCGUGGUCUCCAUGGCAAGUAUAGGGCAUCAAGGGUGUCCACAUGCUGCUGCUGCCAGAUGCUGUGUUUUGACAGAAACUGGCUGAAGCAUCACUCUAUACAUGCUGUAACUAGUAGGGUGGUAGUAAUUACUACUAGUUACUACUAGCCUACUAGUACCAGUUACUACUAUUUGUAGUAGUUACUAGUAGUAGUAGUAACUAGUUGUUGUAACUAGUAGGGUGCACCACUUUUGAAUCUGGGAGUGUACCUUCUCUUAUUACUCUAUGCUUAAAAAAACCCACACUACUACUACUACUUCUUUUAUUAUGUAGAUUAGUAACCCAAGUAGCUCCCUUCUGUUUGCAAGGAUAGUUAAUAAUAGCACCCUCCAUCUGCAGUCUGACAUGGCGCAGUCCAUUCUACCUCUGCAGGACUGUACCAUCUCAUUUUGCUGCAUGUAUAGAUAAAUUAGGCCUCAGCUUCCUCCUGUUGGGGUGGGAGCAUUAAUCUUCCCCUUCUCACAGCAUCGAGAGGCCUGCUGGCUACGAGUUACUGCUGGAAGGGAGAAUUUCUCUAGGCUAACCUGUGACCCUCCAGAUGGUUGUUGAGAUUACAAUUCGCAUCAUUCCUGCCCACAGGCCAUGGCUGGUGGGAGUUGGGAGUCCCAACGAUGUCUAGAGGGCCAAUGGCUCUGCAGGGAGAGUUUCAGAGAGGAAGUGCUGGCAGCCUGUUGCCCCUGAAUGCGGAGAUGCCUUGAUUUUCCCACUGCUCUGGAUUGGCUCACGUCACAUCCUUCCAAUUGUCAUGAGCUCCUGCAUCCCAGCACUUGCCAGGUUUUGCUGCAGGGGGGGAAGAACUGCCCACCCUCCUCUAUUUUGCAGGGCUCUGUGUAGAUCAUGCCUCUCCUUGGUAGCCACCCGGAUGAUGUGGUUAUCAAAAGGUUUAGCAUCUUUGGACGGCUAUAUCAUCAGGCUGGCUACCCUGAGCCUGGCAAAACCUUGUUUUGAACCCAACACUUGAGUUUCAGAGACACACACAGUGUGUCACAUCCGUGGUCUGGAAGUGCUUAGAGGAGCGAGAAAUUUCCCUGCUUUCUGAGGUUCAGAAUGAGGCUCUCCCUGGAGCAAGACAAGGGGCUCUUGCCAUAUUAAAAGGACCCCAUGGUUCCAAGUCUAGGAGGUGCUAACUAUGUCUUUGUUUGGCUCUGCAGGUAACGGAGAUCGGGAAGGAUGUCAUUGGCUUAAGAAUCAGCUCCCUGCAGUUCCGCUGAGGCUGUCCUGUGACCAAGCAGCUUUCUACAAGCAUCCAGUUUUUUUCAAGUUCUACUUUUGGCUGCUGCCCCUUGUACCUCCCCUUUUCUGCUACCAUUAAUACGCCCCCUUUCCACCUGUGCUCACCAGGCCCUUUUUGGAGCUGUUCAGAUGCAAAUCUUCAGUCUCAAGUGUGCAGUCACAGCCAGGCGUGAAUGCUGUGUCUCCCUCUACCCCUUUCCACAUGUAGCUUCCAUGAGAAUCUGGGGGAUGGAAUGGGCUCCUCCCAGGAUCCCACCAACUUUCCUGGAUGUUUGUUGGGGAUCAGGACUCGAAGAUGCUACCAGAGACACCAAUAAUUGGGUCGUCUAUUCACUAGAAGAGGCAUUUGAGGCUUUACGUCUCUUAUGCGGGGGGCCAAAGAGUGAGGGGCUGAAACUCUACUCCACUCCUUUUUGUAUUCUUCCCCCUCCCCACAAAAACUCCCUGUCCCUUUCUCUCUGCCCCAUCUCCUUGUUUUGUUUAUUAACACUUAAUAAAGUGAAAUCACCCAAGGGGGAAAUGAGAA